AUGGACGCGCUGGCGAUCACAUUCAGCAGUAUCAUAUUACUGACAAGAUCAACAAACGCAGUUCCACCAAGUGCCUGUUUCGCUAACUUUAGAUGGGAAGAUUGCGGUAGAGAUCCAGAGCCAAAAAUGUACUACUGGAAACCAGGCUCCCGUUGCGAAGUCGGUAUAUGGCGAGGCUGUCUGCCAAGCCUCAAUAUGUUUAAAGAUGAAUACGAAUGCGUUUCGACAUGUGUAUUUUCUGUGAGGGCUCAGCCAAGUGAUUAUCAUAACAAACAAGCUUUAAAUGGGGAUUAUGAAGAGGGUGAUAAUUCUGGUGAAAUUACUACUGUUGAUGAUAUGGAGAUGUCAACUUUGUUUGCCAACACUACAGGUCCAGAAGGUGAUGUUACUGAUGACAAUGCAAAUAAUACUAAUGUGGAAGAUACAACUACCUUAUCCGUAGACAGUGGUGACACGACAGACGACAGCAAUAAGUCAAACGAAGACGGAAAUUCUGAUACACCUGAAGAUGCUACGACAGACUCAUCUGACGGUAUAGAAACAACUGCUGUAUUAUCUGAGGAUUGA